CAUUCGGUUGGACCGAGAUUUUUGGUAAACGAUUCGCCAGUCAUAUUCCCAAAUCGUUGUUUUGUAAUUGAACCCUCCCUCUGCAACAAAACAACAACAAACAACAAAACAAACAACCUCCUCCUUCUUCUUCUUCUUCUUCUUCUUCUUCUGCAUAUGAAUCAAACACGAAGAUCCCCCAUAUCUCCGGUGAUUCGUUCCGGCUCCGGCUCCGGUCAAGUUUGGAAUCAAAGUUCAAGCUCCACUUCUAAAUCCUCCACUUCUAAAUCAAGCUCUGCUUCUAUAUAUUCCUUAAACAAGGAUCAACAACCAAAGAAAGAUGCCUCCUUUUUUGGUUUUUUAGCUAGGGUUUUGACCUGUACGGGUGAUAUUGCUGCUGUUGAUGAAGAUCAUCAUCCACCUCCUACAAUUCAAUCUUUCACACAUACUUCUGUAGAGAGCAACAAAAUACUCUAUCACUCGAAUUCCACUAUAUCUUCUAAGGCAUCUGAGGGGCCACAUGGCACAGGCACAGAUGAGUUAUCUUUUCAAGAUAUUUGCAAAGCAACUGGAAAUUUCUCCGCUGCAAAUAUAAUUGGGGAAGGCGGAUUUGGGGUCGUUUAUAAGGGAACACUGAAGAAUGGGUCCGUCAUUGCCGUAAAGCGUGCGAAAAAGAACAAUUAUGACACAGGGACACCAAUGGAGUUCAAAAACGAAAUACUAACAUUAUCAAAGAUCGAGCAUCUAAAUCUAGUUAGAUACUAUGGAUAUAUAGAGCACGCAGAUGAGCGUCUUAUCCUGGUAGAAUAUGUUCCAAAUGGAAAUCUUCGUGAACAUAUAGAUGGUAAACGUGGAAACGGGCUUGAAAUCGGAGAACGUCUAGACAUUAUGAUCGAUGUAGCUCAUGCAGUUACAUAUUUGCAUGCAUAUACAGAUCAACCGAUAAUACACAGAGAUAUAAAAUCAUCGAACAUACUGAUUACGGAUAAACUGCGCGCAAAAGUGGCUGAUUUUGCGUUGGCGCGUAUAAAAGUUGAAGAUGACGCCACUCAUAUUUCGACUCAAGUCAGAGGAACUGCAGGCUACAUGGAUCCUGAAUACAUCAGUACAUACCAACUUACUGAUAGAAGCGAUGUUUAUUCAUUUGGCGUUGUGCUUGUCGAACUUGUGACUGGAAGAUUACCGAUCGAGUUACACAAACCGACAAAUGAGAGAUUUACAACAAAAUGGGCAUUGCAAAGACUAAAAGGAGGGGAGGUUGUGCUGGCAAUGGAUCCAAAGCUAAGGAGGAACCCGGCAUCACUGAUGGUGAUUGAAAAGGUUUUGAGACUAGCGAGACAAUGUUUGGCCCCCACGAAGCAACCUAGACCGUCGAUGAAGAAAUGUGCAGAAAUCUUGUGGAAGAUUAGAAAAGAUUUCCAUGAGCAUAAUGAUGUUAUGGCGGCCGCAAACCAUUCUGUACAGGUGCCAGAAAUCGAUGCUCGAAAGAAUCGUCGUGAGUUUUUUGGUAUUGAAGAUGAUAGCAGCAGCAACCAAAGGUUUCAAUCCGCGUAAAGAGGUUUUGUAUGUAGAAGAUUAUUCAAUUGUGUCUGUAUUUUGCAAUCAUAUGUUUUCUUUAGUUGUUUACACAUACAUGUAUAUCUUUUUGGUGAUGGUAUUCUGGUUGAUUAUUAAUUCUACACAAAAUAUAUAUAAGUUUUGUAUGUU